AUGGCUCUCGCCGAACGCGCAGACACAGAGCAAGUGUCUAGGAACACCGUCAACAUCACCCCCAAACUCAACAACACCUCGGCCCAGAAUAUGACAGCCAACGCCAAAGACCACAACCAGGUCACCGAUGAUACUGGCUCAGAGAGUUCCUGGGAUUCUGAUGCAGAGGAUCAGAAGGAGAUGGUCAAGCAGCAGAAAGACAGCAGUCGGACGAGCCGGUGGGCUCAGGCCAUCAUCAAUAACUCCUGCCUCGGUACCGAUCCCGGAUUGAUCUACAGCCUCAUCGACAUGAGCAGAGAGAGAUAUCUCAGCAGCGUCUCUGCCAGGGAGUCCCUCCAAUCUCGCCCUACCCCACCUCAGAACGCUCAAAUCCAGACUUUCGCCACCACCAACGGCCCCAAAAGUUCCCAGAAACAGGAGAAGUCCCAACCUCUGCCUUCCUUCAAGCACAAGCAGGCAGACGAUCGUGCCCUGGGUGUCGACCAUAGAGUCCGUCAGAAGAGUGUUCGCCCUAUCAACCAGAAUCACAGCGCGAAAGAGCAGCACACCACAACUUGA